AUGGCUUUCGGAGGUGUCGCACUGCCUGGCUCGGGCAAUUCGACCGCCAACAACACACCCAGCGUCAAGGGUAACACCAACGCUGGUGCCGUGUCGAAAGUCAAUGGUACUGGUGAAGAUGACAAGAAGGUCACCAACAUCGGCAAAGAUGCCGGCCUGGAACAGCAAGGCCUCUCGAGCGUACACGGCAUUGUGCCGACGUUGCAAAACAUUGUCGCCACCGUCAAUCUGGAGGUGCGUCUUGACUUGAAGACUAUCGCCCUGCACGCACGUAACGCCGAGUACAACCCAAAGCGUUUCGCCGCCGUCAUCAUGCGUAUCCGCGAGCCCAAGACCACGGCACUCAUCUUUGCUUCGGGCAAGAUGGUGGUCACCGGUGCCAAGUCGGAGGACGAUAGUCGUCUCGCUAGCCGAAAGUAUGCGCGUAUCAUCCAGAAGCUCGGCUUUGAGGCCAAGUUCAGCGAGUUCAAGAUCCAGAACAUUGUCGGCUCGUGCGACGUGCGCUUCCCCAUCCGUCUGGAGGGUCUGGCUUACAGCCAUGGUGUCUACUCGUCGUACGAGCCCGAGCUGUUCCCUGGUCUCAUCUACCGCAUGGUCAAGCCCAAGGUCGUGCUACUCAUCUUUGUCUCUGGCAAGAUCGUGCUCACCGGUGCAAAGGUACGAGAAGAGAUUUACCAGGCGUUCAACCUCAUCCUGCCAGUGCUGGCUGAGUUCCGCAAGCCUUGA